CACAGGCCAGCGCGGAAGGGUGACGCCUUUUCCGCUCCAUUGGGAUGCUUUUGAAGUCCGCCCGAAAAACACCACAAUCAGACUUUGGACUCGUUUUCAGCUUGGCCUGCAGAACCUGGAGAUGACGGGAGUUUUCGACAACCUCGGCACUGAUAUGCACUCCAACCAGAUGAGCUCCAGCAACUACCACAGUUUGCACAAGUCGCAGGAGUCGCCCACCUUGCCAGUGUCCACGGCCACGGACAGCAGCUACUACAGCAGCCCGCAGCACGCGCAUUCGUGCGCCGGCUCGCCCUUUGGACCGCUCGGUUCCUAUCAGUACCACGGCAGCGGGCCCGGCGCUGUGGCGUACAACCCAAAAUCUUUCGACAUGGCUGGCUUCAACUCGUCUUACGGCGCUUACGGCACUUAUGGAGCCAACUCCUCGCCCACUCCUGCAGAGACCGAGAAAGAAGAGAGCGAGCCAGAAAUCCGGAUGGUGAACGGAAAACCAAAGAAGGUCCGGAAACCUCGAACUAUUUAUUCCAGUUUCCAACUGGCGGCGCUCCAGAGGAGAUUUCAAAAAACCCAAUAUCUGGCGCUGCCCGAGCGGGCCGAGCUGGCUGCUUCUCUGGGCCUCACGCAGACACAGGUGAAAAUCUGGUUCCAGAAUCGGCGCUCCAAGUUCAAGAAACUGUGGAAAAACGGCGAAAUCCCCCCAGAGCAACACGUUCCCACCAGCGAGUCACCCCCGUGCGCGUCCCCGCCGAGCGCGUGGGAUUUUGCCGCACAGACUCAAGGCAUGAGCAGCGCCACAUUACCUCCACACUGCAGCAGUCCGCCCAACAGCAACAGCAUCAGCAAUAGCAGCGCGCCUUCCUCCGCCUCCUCGUCGUCGUCUUCAUCGUCCUCUUCAUUUUUGACCAACUACUCGUGGUACUCCAACACGAACUCUGUGAACCACCUGCAGCCCACUCUGCUCCACCACAACUCGGCUAUCACUGCCGGGACGAUAUUCUGAAAUAAAACAGACGACGAAUACGUUCCUUUUUAAACGGGUCCUACUUUCACGCGCGGAAGAAAUUGCAACAUGGACGUUUGACCCACAUUUUGACGCCUAUUUAUUUUUGCCCAGGGAUGCAUGAAUGAAUGAAUGAAUGAUUGACCCACUAUUAUGAAGGACCUUUUUUCCCACUUUUGCCAAAUUCCAACCUCGCCCAUCAGUGAUGUAGCAAAGGUCAACUGUAUCGUGCCUUUUUCUACUUGACCUCAUGGUUAUGUUGUAUCAUAAAUAGAGAAAAAAGGGAGAGAAAAAACAAAAACAAAAAAAAACACUGGACCUUUGCUGGUAUUUUGAAAAUGUUCUGCAAAUAAUUGCAUUAAAGACAAUAUUUGUAUUUGGACGUUAUGUUGUCAGUCGAAUAAAAACAUUUUUGAAUAAAUAAGAAAAUUAAAGAAACUGAAUUUUG